AGUACAAAAAAAAAGUAAAAAAAGAAAAAAAAUUAUAAAUUCAUUACUGAUGUCCAUUAGAGCAUUCCCUGAUAGAACAGAGCACUGAAGUUCGUAAUGGUGUUGGAAUUCACAUUUGCCGGUGUUUAUCUCAUCUUUUGCGAUCGACUCUGCAUUUUAGCUUCGCAAGACGCGAACGCAGCCAUUGCAGCCGCUUCGCAAUACAGCCUUGAAUAAGGACACUCACUUCAUUGGCCCCUCCCAAAACGAAGACGUCAGCUUGCCGUACAUCAUCUGAGUCAACGUGUUGGUCUGUGGUUCAAACAGUUGAAUAAAGAAUUCAUAGCGGGAGUUGCAUGUUCGGAAUCUCGCGACUAAUCUCCCAUUUUCUAGUGUUUUGCUUUUUUUCCGUCUCCCAGCCUCUGUGAAAUCGUCAGUGUCAUUGUCAAUUCGCGCUUGUGAACGAUACACUUUACGUUAGAGGAUUUGUCAAGAUUACCAAAUAAUACGGAUACAAAAUAAUAUCCGUUAGUAUGUCAAGUGCAAAUCAACUUUUAUCUGAGGUCUUACCUCGCGUCGUGGAGGCAGGGAACUUUGGGCCUGAAAACAUUAGAUUCGUCGAAUUUAUCGAGGAUAGAAACGACGCCUCCCAUGGUGGAUUUUGCGCGUCGAAUAUCUUGUUCGGGAACGUCAUCAUGGAAAAUAGAAACAAGGAUCGAACCUCUCAAAGUGUUGUGAUCAAAGUGCGUGGCGUCGUUGUCUCGAGCUUUAAUUGGUCCUCUGCUCUUCAGUUUUAUAAUGAGCUAUUCUUCUACAGCAAAAUAGUGCCCUUUCUCAGGAGAUUCGACGACGGACACAUACUGGAUGAGUAUUUCCCGAAGUUCUUUUACGGCGUUGCCACGUUGCAAGAGGACGCAUCCAGUGACAUUAUAAUUUUGGAGAACUUGCAGAGGAACGGUUUCAAGCUGGCGCCAUCAAGGACUUUUCUGGAUUACGAAUAUAUUAAACUGAGCCUUCGAGGUCUCGCAAGGUUUCAUUCUUUAUCGCUAAUAGCUAAAGCGAAAGAUCCUGUGGGUUGGAAAAAAAUCCUAUCGGAAAUUCGUGAGACUAAGUGGGCAGGAAAGACGUUUGAAUUGGAGUCAUCAUGUGGUUACUUACGAAAAAAUUGCAUGAGAGGAAUUUUGCCACUUCUAGAGGACCACGAGUACGCUAACAAACUGCGAAACAUCUGCGAUUUGAUCGAGAAUCCGACUGACAAUGAAUCGAUGGUAAAAAUUGUGAGCCCUAUCGAACCGUUGACAGUGCUAUGCCACGGUGACUUCUGCAGGAAUAAUAUGUUUUUCCAGCAUAAUACCGAGGGUGUGCCGAUAGAUGUGAAAUUUUUCGAUUUAGGCACUAUUCGUCACAGCUCGCCGGCGAUAGAUCUGUCAUUCUAUCUAUUCAUGCACACUUCCCCCGAGAUGAGGUCCAGUAAGUGGGAUGAACUCAUCGCGCUGUAUACCGAUGCGUUAGAAUCUGAACUGAGGCUGAAAAAUAUCGAACCUCCGUCAAAAGUCGAUAUUGAGCAGGAAUUUCAGCGGCGAGGUUUCUAUGGCUAUGUACUAGGCAGUUUUUUCUUGCCUAUGAUGAUGGAUGAUAAUAUCAAGAAAUCAGGGGCAGAUAAUAACCUCACGUUAGAGCAACAGGUCGAAAAUAGAAUCCGUACCGGGGGUGAAAGAGCAACUCAAUUCGUCUCUGCCAUUGUGAAGCAUAUGAUCGAUAAAGGUUUCGAUUUUAAAUACAUCUCCAACUUCACCUCAGAAGCUGAUGAUCCUGAAAGGAAGUGAGUCAGUUGUGAUGUUUUACGUCUCCGAGGAGAUUUCUGCACUUUUGGCUUUUUAAACAAAAAAUAUGAAGGUAAAUACCAUUUAUUCAUAUUAAAUAUUAUUAUAAAUAUGGGAUGAAAAACCACACCCUAAGUUUACCCCCAUCAAAAUUUCACAAAAAACACGGUGAUCACUUCAAAAAUUCAAAAUUAGAUAUUCAAAAUUCGAAUCAAAAGUGAGAAAUAAGCGUUUUCUGUGAUCAGAAAUUGAAACUUCCCAAUUUUAAAAAAGUAAACAAGAAAAAAAAACAAGUUCGCUUUUAUGAAAUUGGACGAUGGACUAAUUGGACGUAUUUAAAUCAAAAGGAACUACAUCCAUUUUGACGUGAAUCCCGAGGUCUAUAGGAAAACGUGAGAGCCACGGCUCAUGUCAUGGUAGAUAUAUUUCAUUACUUUUGAUUUAAAUACGUCCAAUUUCAAUGUUCUAUGCGAUUAUAUAUAAUUUCAUUAGUUUCCUGAAUUCUUCAUGUUAAGAGUACUAAUAUCGCACAUCAGAGUAAUGGGGGAUCUUUGUACGUGAGCGUUUAGAUUUACUGAUCCCAUAAUCCCAUAAACAAAAACACCAAAAAAAAAAAAAUAAAUAAAUAAAUACAAUUUUUCUCUGUCAAUUUUUUCGAGCUUUUAUGUAAGAUGUUAAACGCAUUCCGCGUAAAAUUUGAAUAAAGAAAUAUACCUCUUGUACCUUCAGAAUUACUCUUUCCAGUGGUCCAUAAAAUCGCAAUAAAGACUUUUGCGUCCACUGAUGGUCAAGAUUUGGCAGCGAUGAGCGGCCAGGAAGCAUACUUGGCAUGAUGUCCGGCGCGCGGCGUGAUGCGGCGCGGCGCACAUUGGUUCCAGAGCCCGAUCUAGGCGGCAUUAAUUCGAAAAAAUGACUUUUGGAAAAAUUGAGAAAUAGUACAACUGGUCGACACUACAUACUUUGGAGAGUAUUUCGGCCAAAUAUCAUGAUGAUUGGAUGAGUGAUAAGGAAAUGAUAAGCCCCUAAAGGUGAGCGCGCAGGCCGUUCUCUCUGCGGCUGUAUCCAUUUCCUCAUUUAUCUCAUUCGAGUGAUGUUCCUAAUAGAGGUUUGUUGCCAUUUUGGGCAAAGAAACAAGGUUUUGAAGGUAGAAUCCUAAUAUUCAAGUAAAUUUGAAGGUUUACGAUGCUUAAAUCAUAACUUUAGAUUAAGUCUAUGGCUCUAGAUAAGCCAUUAGACAUAGCGCUAUUUUACGUUAAUUUCGCGAAAUUUUCCAUAUAAAUGGCUGAAAACAACUACUUUGCCGGCCUUUGCCGGGUCUCAAGCGGCCAUUUCUAGUUAGUACUAAUCCUAGGCAUGAUGUAGAUAUAAAUAUCUUUUGCCAGUUUUUGCCUAUUUGUGAAAUACAGCCUUUUAAAGGUCGCCCGCUCAGCCCUCAUGAGUACUGUAUGUGGGACGUUACGGGUGGGCGAUAUCGUUCGACCUCUCAGGCAAUGUCAAAAAACUAUUUCUCUUAUGAUAUUCAUCCAAAGGGAAGUUUAUUUAAUAGGUUUUCCGAAGAAUUACCCAAAAAUAUCAUUUCCAUGAACGUGCAUAACUCUGAGGAGAUCAAAAUUUUUCGUGUUAAAAAUGAUCUACUACUACCAAAACGGCCCAAAACAACUAGGUACUUUGCCGGGUCUCAAGUGGCCAUUUCUAGUUAGUACUAAGUAAUCCUAGGUAGUAGUCCCUGUACAGAGACAAAUAUCUUUUGCCAUUUGAAGCGAAAAAAAUAUAUUACAACAUUUUAAAUUUAAGGUUGCUCUGGAAUUAAAAAAUCAACAGGCAUUGCAGUUUCGUGAAUUUUUUCCUGCUCACUGGUCAAAAUGGUUUGAUAGGGGCGACACCCUUUUAUUGAAUUUUUAUACUGCCAUUUCUGAAACUGCAACCAGAAGUAGAUUCCAAAAACAGAUCAUGCUGACUGGAUGCUUCGUGAAGUUAUUCAAUGUAACAACACCCCCCCCCCUUCUUCAACAAAAAUAACCAUCAGGGUCUAAAUAUUAGUAAAAUAGUAGAUCGCUCUUGAUGACCAUACUCAUUAAAUUUGUCAAAAUUAUUAUAGUUCAAGCACAGAGCCACGUUGUCAAAUUAUUAAUCCCGUGUUGAGUGCGAAUUUGCUAUUUUACGCAUAUUUACCAUAUUAUGGUUAACGAUAGGGUCAAAUUGACUUUAAAUUCGUGAUCAGCGACCCAAAAAACACAUAUAAGCAUAUGUUGCACGCUGGUAAGGGUGUUAUUCUAAUUAAUGCCGCCUAGAUCGGGCUCUGGAACCAAUGUGCGGCGUGGCGGAGGCGGCGCGGCGGUGUGUGGAUCUCAAUGACGUAAUACGCGGCGUUUACCGCUCCACUCCAAGGUCCUAUUCUACUAUCUCGACAAUACAACCCGCGAACUCGCUGAUUCCACGCGACCAGUCGCCAGUUGCAUGUCAGACGCCCUGCAUCGCAUGCCAAUCGGGUCCAUUGGCUCGUCUUUUAUCGUGCGUCUUCACCGGUGUUAAUUCGUAGUGCCAAAAACCACAACGGUAGUUUACCUCUACCUUGCACCAGUGCUCCUUGACCAGUAUUCCCACUCCGUCGAUUCUGUGCCUAACUAAAAAAUUCCCAUGGUCUGUGUUGGAUUUUGUUUGCACCUGUAAACAUAGUUUUUGUGAUCGGCUUCGCUCCUACAAUCGCCUCUUUUUAAUCAAUUUUGAAACCAAGAUUCACAUGCCC